ACAGAGAAGGUGACAGUGUGCGGUGACACCCACGGGCAGUUCUACGACCUGCUCAACAUCUUCGAGCUCAACGGGCUCCCCUCCGAGGCCAACCCUUAUAUUUUUAACGGCGACUUCGUGGACCGCGGCUCCUUCUCGGUCGAGGUCAUCCUGACGCUCUUUGGAUUCAAGCUGCUCUACCCUGACCACUUCCACCUGCUCCGAGGGAACCACGAGACGGACAACAUGAACCAGAUUUACGGCUUCGAGGGCGAGGUGAAGGCCAAGUACACGGCGCAGAUGUUCGCGCUCUUCAGCGAGGUCUUCGAGUGGCUGCCCCUGGCCCAGUGCAUCAACGGCAAAGUGCUGAUCAUGCACGGGGGGCUCUUCAGCGAGGACGGGGUGACCCUCGAUGACAUCCGCAAGAUCGAGCGCAACCGGCAGCCCCCAGACUCAG